CCCAAAUAUUAUUUGUAAAAUGUUAGUUCUUGUUCUUUAAAGAGCCAAACCGCCGCUUUGAACGAAGAAGCCCAACCACGCUGCCAGCUUCCCCAAUUUCUUCGAUACAACCGAAGCUCUCACUUACUCUCACAUUGUCAUUGGUAAAUUCGCCUUAGGAUUGUGGCGAAAUUUUCUACGUUCGACUCAUCAACCAUUUCUCCGUUCAUUUCUCUCUCCGUUAAAUCUCUCCUCCGGACCCUUCUCCUUUAGUUUCUCUCUCUGUUUUUGCUUCUCUUCGUAAAAUGUCACAGGUGGUUGCUACCAGGUCGAUUAACAGCACAUUCCUGUGCCCUAGUUCGGGAUCUGUGCAAGAACGAGUAGACAGGGCUCGGUUGUUUGGUAUUGGCUCUAAAGUGUUUGCGCAUGAGAAGAAGAGUUGGAAUUUUGUUUACAGGAGAAGUCUAAUCACAUCCAAAAGAGCUGCUCAAGCUGAAGUUGUUCCGGUAUCACCUGAGGAUGUUCAGAAGGCAGAUGAGCAAUUUGAACAUAUACGAGCAGUUCAACAGCUUGGGGAUACACCGGUUGGUAUGUGGUCGAAGCCAACAGUUAGACGUAAGACAAAGAUCGUGUGCACGAUUGGACCUUCGACUAACACGAAGGAAAUGAUUUGGAAAUUGGCUGAGGCUGGAAUGAAUGUUGCUCGAUUGAAUAUGUCUCAUGGAGAUCAUGCAUCUCAUCAGAAAGUUAUAGAUUUAGUCAGGGAAUACAAUGCCCAAUCACAAGACAACUGCAUUGCAAUAAUGCUCGACACCAAGGGUCCCGAGGUUAGGAGUGGUGACCUACCACAACCAAUAUUGUUAGAAAGUGGACAGGAAUUCACUUUUACCAUACGGAGAGGUGUUAGCACUGCAGAUUCUGUCAGUGUGAACUAUGAUGAUUUUGUUAAUGAUGUUGAAGUUGGGGACAUGCUUCUUGUUGAUGGUGGAAUGAUGUCGUUGAUGGUGAAGUCUAAGACAGAAGAUUCUGUCAAGUGUGAAGUUAUUGAUGGAGGAGAGCUCAAGUCCAGGCGUCAUUUAAAUGUUCGAGGGAAAAGUGCUACGCUGCCUUCAAUUACUGAGAAGGAUUGGGAUGAUAUUAAAUUUGGAGUUGACAACAAAGUUGAUUUUUACGCUGUCUCUUUCGUCAAAGAUGCGCAAGUAGUUCAUGAGUUGAAGAAAUAUCUCAAGAGCUGUGAUGCUGAUAUUCAUGUGAUUGUAAAAAUAGAAAGUGCAGACUCCAUACCGAAUUUGCAUUCAAUUAUUACAGCUUCGGAUGGGGCAAUGGUUGCCAGAGGCGAUCUUGGUGCAGAACUCCCUAUUGAAGAGGUUCCACUUCUGCAGGAGGAGAUAAUCAACCUUUGUCGAAGCAUGGGGAAGGCUGUCAUUGUGGCUACUAACAUGCUUGAGAGUAUGAUUGUUCAUCCAACACCAACCAGAGCAGAAGUAUCUGACAUUGCUAUUGCAGUUAGAGAGGGUGCUGAUGCAAUCAUGUUGUCUGGAGAAACUGCUCAUGGAAAAUUCCCAUUAAAAGCUGUGAAAGUAAUGCAUACAGUUGCUUUACGGACUGAAGCAACUAUAGAAGGUGGUCGAAUGCCAUUGAAUCUCGGUCAAACAUUCAAGAACCAUAUGAGCGAGAUGUUUGCUUAUCAUGCAACAAUGAUGUCCAACACUCUUGGAACCUCAAUAGUCGUCUUCACUAGAACUGGUUUCAUGGCUAUCCUCCUCAGCCAUUAUCGACCAUCUGGCACAACAUUUGCCUUUACAAAUGAUAAAAGGAUACAACAGAGGUUGGCUUUGUAUCAAGGAGUGUGCCCCAUAUACAUGCAGUUCUCUGAUGAUGCUGAGCAGACCUUUACUGAUGCCUUAUCUAUGCUGCAGAGACAAGGAAUGGUGAAGGAAGGAGAAGAGGUAGCACUCCUUCAGAGUGGCAGACAACCCAUUUGGCGGUUCCCAUCUACUCACAAUAUUCAAGUCCGUAAAGUGUAGAGUAAGAGAGCCAAGAAACGUGAAAAACGCCACUUAACUAUUCUGUCUUUGAUUAUUUUUACAUUUCUCCCCCUCAGUAUGUGAACCUCAACAUUUCCUUAUUCAUUUUCAUCUACGAAUACGAGAUGUGCUCUAGCUUGUUUUCUGGGUUAUGUAGCCUAGCUUAGCCCUGAUAAAAAUUUUGGCUUACGUAGCUCCCAAUCUCUUUUUAUCGAUAAUUUUCAUGUAAUUGAAGUGCAGCCUCCGACUCUGAACUCGACCUCAUUAUUUUCUGUCAAUUCAAUUCAGGGCUUAGGCUUAUCAUACUA